GUUGGUAUUGCCGGCAGAACUGGUGCUGGGAAAAGUUCUUUGAUGACAGCUCUGUUACGCUUGGCUGAACCCACAGGUAAGGUCAUGAUAGAUGGUGUUCUAAUCAGUGACCUUGGACUGCAUGACCUUCGAAAGAGUAUUUCAAUAAUACCCCAGGACCCGGUUUUAUUCAGUGGAUGCCUUCGGAGAAACUUAGAUCCUUUUGGAGAGCACAAUGAAAUUCAGCUGUGGAGAGCAUUAGAAGAGGUUCAACUUAAAUCAACGGUUUCAGAGUUGCCUGAAAAACUAGGAGCACCUGUUUCAGAAGGCGGGAGCAAUUUUAGCGUAGGUCAACGGCAACUUCUGUGUUUAGCUCGAGCUCUGCUCCGUCACACUCGUAUCUUGAUUGUGGAUGAAGCCACCGCUAAUGUGGAUAUCAAAACCGAUCAGCUUAUUCAGGCAACAAUUCGUGAGAAGUUUAAACACUGUACUGUGUUGACAAUUGCCCAUAGACUGAACACCAUUAUGGACUCGGAUCGCAUCUUGAUCCUCGAUCAAGGAAAAAUUGCUGAGUUUGAUGAGCCAUUCGUCCUGCUUCAGAAAGAAGAUGGACUUCUUACAAAAAUGGUGUCAGAAAGUGGACGGGCAGAAGCUGUUAAAUUAAUAGCUAUUGCCAGAGAACAGUAUUAUAACAAUUCAAGUGAUCCGUACGGAUUCAGUGAUAAGAACAUUCCAUCAUCACCACUUGAAAAACUUAUACCUAAAGGUGUUAUCAAUCUCACUAUUGAAACUAAUUUAUGAUAAC